AUGUGCCUAAAAGAAUCCUUCAACAUUUCUCAACUUCUUCACUUUCCUCUUAUUAGCCCUCUGGUCGCUGUCGCUCCUGUACCUGCUGCACAUCGCCGUCGUCCGCCUCGACGUCCUGAGGAUUCGCUCGCACCUGCGCUCGCCCUCAAGCCACCGCAUCGCCGCCCAGUCCCUCCUCGUCGCCGCACGCGUCAAGGCACUCGCCAACGUCAAGUACUUCUCACCGUAAUCGUGCCUUCACGUGUGAUCUGUGUAUCACCCACUCAACCACUCAACCACUCAACCACUCAACCACCAACUCACCCACUCACCCACCCACUCACUCACCCACUCACUCACCUACUCACCCCUCACCCACUCAACCACCCACCCACUCACCUACUCACUCACCCACUCAACCACCCACUCAACCACCCACUCAACCACCCACUCACACACUCACCCAACCACUCACCUAAUCACCCACUCACUCACUCACAUACUCAACCACCCACUCAACCACCCACUCAACCACCCAACCACUCACCCACUCACUCACACACUCAACCACUCACUCAACCACCCACUCACCUAAUCACUCACCCACUCACUCAACCACUCAACCACUCACACACCCACUCACUCACCCACUCACUCAACCACUCAACCACUCACACACCCACUCACUCACCCACUCACCCACCCACUCACUCACCCACUCACUCACCCAACCACUCACCCACUCACUCACACACUCAACCACUCACUCAACCACUCAACCACUCACUCACUCACCCACCCACUCAACCACCCACUCACCUAAUCACUCACCCACUCACUCAACCACUCAACCACUCACCCACUCACCCAACCACUCACCCACUCACUCACACACUCAACCACUCACUCAACCACUCAACCACUCACUCACUCACCCACCCACUCAACCACCCACUCACCUAA